CGUAAAAAGCAGCGACAAAUGUCUACCUCGUGCGAAGUAUAAGAAGUCCAUCAAGCCCUACUGGAAUAAUGAACUCAAGCGAUUAAAGACAGCUUGCAUGGAGCUUCAUAAGAAAUGGACCUCAGAAGAACGUCAAAGCCGAGGAGAACAAUAUGAAAGUUUUCGGUUAUACAAAGAUGCCAAGCGUCUAUUCAGGAAGGAACAACGUAAAAUGGUACGAAAGACAGAGGAAAAUGAAAUUAUAGUUUCUGUGUGAAGAAUUCAGUGAUGCAGUGCAUGAAAUUCAUCAAGUGAACUAUUUGUCAGCAUAUUAAAAUUCAAAAUACAGUGUUGCUUUUCCAGCAGCCUUAAAAUGCUCUGUGCUGUUUCUGUUAACAACUAAACAACCCGCUUCCGCCAAUUCAUUGGAAAUUCUUCAUAUUCCUGGAAAACAAGUUACUCCUUGACCUCAUCAAUUAUUUAUAGUAACAAAUUCGGCGUCUCCAUGCAUUUGUUCAUUGACUUAACAAGCGAAUCGUUUUACACAAUUACAGAAUAUGCUUCGUUGCUUAUUUUGUUAAAAAAUGUCCACUUUGUAAUUACUAGUCGCUAGUAAAUUUGCUAUGUUGCGUGUGUUUAUAUGUGGGGCCCACAGCACUGGUAAAACUACGUUAUUAAAUCGUUUACUUUCAGAACCUGAUCAAAAUCAACUUCGCGCCGUGAAUGAAAUAGCGAGAAACAUAAUAGCAGAAAAUGGAUGGCAAAAGAAAGAUUUCGACCCGAGGAUAAAUCCUCAUAUAUUUUAUGAUCUUCAGGUGAAAAUUUUACAAGCCCAGUUACGUAUCGACGAAGAGUUAUGCAAUGAGAAUACAUCGUAUAUCAGUGAUCGUGGACUGGAUCCGAUUAUAUAUUGCCAAAUGUAUCUAGAUGAAGAAUGGUUUCACAAGAUCAUGUACUCUAAAGAAGCCAAGGAAUGUGUUAAAAG